AUGAUGGUGGGUCUGGCGAUGGCAGAGAUUUGCUCUGCUUAUCCUACUUCCGGCGGCCUAUAUUUUUGGAGUGCCAUGUUGUGCGGCAAUCUGUGGGGUCCUAUGGCUUCCUGGUUCACCGGUUGUAAUUUACAAAGACAGAAGAAUCAAAGUGAGAUUGGAAAUCCAGCAAGGAAGUGGAACAGAGAGAAGGAAGAAAUAACCCAGAAAAUUUUCCCUCUUUUUCCCUUCCUUUUUGUGAAAACUGAAAACUGAAAACAGAAAACAAUGGUUCAGGUCAGCGAAAAAAUGACUCUUCCAUCCCACACAGUUCAAAACGGGAGCGUUUCGGUUGAUUCAGGCCAGUCUCGUCUCAGAGAGCUUGGCUACAAACAAGAGCUCAAGCGUGAUCUAUCGGUGUUUUCAAAUUUUGCGUUUUCGUUUUCCAUCAUAUCAGUGCUCACUGGUAUCACCACACUUUACAACACCGGGUUGACUUUUGGGGGACCUAUCUCCAUGGUUUAUGGUUGGUUUAUAGCUGGUGGGUUCACCAUGUUUGUUGGGUUAUCAAUGGCUGAGAUCUGUUCUUCUUACCCAACUUCUGGUGGCCUUUAUUAUUGGAGUGCUAGGCUUGCUGGCCGAAAUUGGGCACCCUUUGCCUCUUGGCUCACUGGCUGGUUCAAUAUUGUUGGUCAGUGGGCUGUUACAACAAGUAUAGAUUUCUCACUUGCACAACUGAUUCAGGUGAUAAUUCUCCUUAGCACAGGUGGAAAAAAUGGUGGUGGAUACGAGGGAUCAAAAUAUGUACUCAUUGCUUUCCAUGGGGGAAUCCUAUUGAUACAUGCUAUAUUAAACAGUCUUCCUAUUUCAGUUUUAUCUUUCUUUGGACAGCUUGCUGCUGCGUGGAAUCUUUUAGGUGUUGUUCUUCUUAUGAUACUCAUACCCUCAGUUGCAACGGAGAGGGCUAGUGCCAAGUUUGUAUUCACUCAUUUCAACACAGAUAAUGGAGAGGGAAUAGGCAGUAAAGUCUAUAUUUUCGUUCUUGGGCUUCUUAUGAGUCAAUAUACCCUUACUGGAUAUGAUGCAUCUGCUCAUAUGACAGAGGAAACCAAGAAUGCAGAUAAGAAUGGGCCAAAAGGAAUAAUUAGUGCCAUUGGGAUAUCUAUUAUUUUUGGAUGGGGUUACCUACUUGGUAUUACCUUUGCAGUUACCAACAUCCCAUUUCUUUUGAGUGAAGAUAAUGAUGCCGGAGGCUAUGCUAUUGCUGAAAUAUUUUACCUCGCAUUUAAGAAUAGAUAUGGCAGUGGUGUAGGGGGAAUUAUUUGCUUGGGAGUGAUUGCGAUCGCCAUUUUUUUUUGCGGUAUGAGUUCGGUUACUAGCAACUCUAGGAUGGUUUAUGCGUUCUCACGAGACGGUGCCAUGCCGUUAUCAUCUUUGUGGCACAAAGUGAACGAGCAGGAGGUUCCUAUAAACGCAGUUUGGCUCUCUGCAGUUAUCUCUUUCUGUAUGGCACUAACGUCACUAGGAAGCUUGGUGGCAUUUCAGGCCAUGGUAUCUAUUGCAACAAUAGGACUGUACAUUGCUUAUGCUCUACCAAUAUUCCUUAGGGUGAGUUUGGCUCGGAAAUCAUUCGUCCCGGGACCCUUCAACCUCGGGCGCUAUGGAGUGGUGGUCGGUUGGAUCGCAGUGCUGUGGGUGGUAACCAUCUCGGUCCUCUUCUCAUUGCCGGUCGCAUAUCCGGUCACAUCCGAGACACUCAACUACACCCCUGUUGCUGUUGGUGGUUUGCUUGUUAUUACCGUUUCUUGGUGGAUCUUAAGUGCUCGACAUUGGUUUACUGGUCCCAUUACCAACAUAUAAAUAGCAAACUUAUAUAUAUAUAUAUAAUAUAUAUAUAUAUAUAUUUCUU